CCAACAUUUUGAGAUAAAUUUGGGAUUCCCAUCAUCCUCUGUAUAAAUCCCAUAACCCCCUCUCUAACCGCUAAUUAUAUCAUUUUCUUUCCCUUGUUUUGGCGGCACCAACUUCGCCAUUUCCCUCCCAAUCUUCUCACUCUCUCACUCCCACUCUCACCAACGCUCCUGCAUUUAGCGGUUAGAUUCCAUAUGCUGAGCUGGGAAUCCAGAACAAUGGCGACCUCUGCCUCCUCGUUUUCUUUCUCCAGCCUUCUGUGCGAAGAAGAUGAGGCUAGCAUUUUGAAGGUCAGUGAUGAGAAUUCUGGCAAGGACUGGAUGAACCCAUGUUCUGUUUUCGAGGAUGAAGAGGAAUACAUUGAGAUUUUGUUUAAAAGAGAAAUGGGGUUUGUAUUCCCACGUGACGAUUGCUCAACCAGUGCUGCUAAGUGGCUCAAGAGUGCUCGUGUGGAUGCCAUUGACUGGAUUUUCAACACUGGAGCGAAAUUCGGGUUCAAAUUUCACACCAUUUACUUAUCAGUGACUUACUUCGAUCGGUUCCUGUCAAGUCGAUCCAUUGAUGAAGGAAAACAUUGGGCUGUUCAAUUAUUAUCGAUGGGGUGUUUAUCUUUGGCAGCAAAAAUGGAAGAGCAAAACGUACCAACUCUAUCUGAAUUCCCAGGAAAAGAGUAUUGCUUUGAGAAUAAAGUGAUUAGGAAAAUGGAAUUACUAAUUUUGGAUUCCUUGGGAUGGAAAAUGGGAUCCGUGACUCCUUUUGCAUAUCUGCAGUACUUGUUCAAUAAAUUUUCCUUGGAAUCAAAACCAGAAGCAAUAAUCUCAAGCGCUGUUGACCAUAUCAUGGCCAUCGUGAAAGGUAUUAAUUUAAUAGAUCAACGACCAUCUAUUAUUGCUUCUGCUGCCAUAUUAGCCGCUUCUGAUGCUACAUUAACGAGACGCGGUGUGGAACUUUGUGUAAGCUCGAUAUCCUGGGGAUCUCUAGAAAGUGAACAUGUGUUUUCCUGCUACAAUCUAAUGCAGGAAAUAGAGAGAAGAAAAGUUAAGACUCCUCCUGACUCAAAUUUGUUGUCUACCCCUGCCAGCUUCACAGAUGUUCUGGAGAAUGCCUCUGUUCUUUCUUCUGGGACUAAGAGAAAACUCACAUUUCCAGAUAGUGAAACUGAAAGCAGUCCAGGACUAAAGAUACAUCGGCCAUAGUUAUAGGAAGAUUGAUUCUUUUUUUUUUUUAGUGAUUGGAUUAGAUUUAUCUUUUUUCCACUGAAAAUUUUAUUCUUUCAUAGUUCAUAGGUCUGCUAAUGAGUGCCAACCACUGGUUCGUGGAAUGAUUUGGUAUUUGAUGAUUGGGUUUUUAUUUUCCAAAUACCCAGCUAAAAUGUCAACCAGUGCCAAAUAUGUCAGAGGAAAAGAAGGUAUAUAAAUAAAGAAACAAACAAAAAAGAGCAGAUAGAACUAGCCUACCGCCAGAAGGAAGAAUGAAGGUGACUUAGUCCGAUAGGCCAUAAAACCCAUUUGAUGACUGUUUUUCCACCGUGAUGCAGGGCAAUGUUUGCGCUCCUUGAAUUGCCUUUUUUUUUUUUUUUUAAAUCAAUGAAUUGUUUAUUAUUAUCAUUAUAUUAUUACAAUUUACAAGUCCACUUUUUAAACGCUCAUUUCUUUGGUAUAUUAUUGUUUAGUAUGCAUUACA